GAGAUCAAGGAUUUCUCUUUGCAGGGGCCGACCAUGACUGACCAUGUACAAGAGCAGGAGAUGGAAAUUGAAGCAUUGCAAGCCAUUCUUAUGGAUGACUUUAGAGAAAUUGGGUCUCACGAGAGUGGUCUCAAUACAUCAAAUCGUUGCUUCCAAAUUACUCUAUCUCCCCAGGAAGAUGAUGAUGUUGAUGAAUCAACAACCACUCCAGUUCAACUGGCUCUAAUUUUCUCACAUACUGAAAAAUAUCCAGAUGAGCCACCAUUUUUGAUUGUGAAAAGUAUACGAGGGAUACAAGCGGAGGAUCUUAAAAUUCUAAAAUCAAAGCUUGAACAAGAGGCAUCUGAGAAUCUUGGUAUGGCUAUGGUGUACACGCUUGUUGCAUCAGCUAAAGAGUGGUUGAAUGAAAGAUUUGAUCAAAAUGCUGGGAUUUCAGACAACGAAGAAGAAGAUACAGCUAAAGAUGACAUAGUUAUACCGCAUGGAGAACCAGUCACUGUUGAGACUUUUCUUGCAUGGAGAGAACGAUUUGAAGCGGAGUUGGCCCUUGAACGAGCCAAGUUAAUGCCUGAGUCUGUACUUGCGGCACCUAAGGACAAGAAGCUUUCAGGGCGACAGUGGUUUGAAAGUGGCAGAGCUUCUACGAAAGGUGCUAUGCCAGUCACUGAAGGCUCUGAAGAGGAGGAUGAGGAAGAUAUUGACUUCGAUGAUGAGGAUUUUGAAGAUGAUGAAGAUAUGCUUGAGCACUAUUUGGCAGAGAAGUCAGACUCCUCGACGCAUUCUUCAAGGAGAGGCAACUGAAAAGAUGUGUUGUAAACAUGCAACUAUCAGUUAACCAUAGCAUGCAUGAUAUUUUUUCUGGUAUUUGUAUGGGGUGGCUAGUCAUUGUGGAUGUUUUAUCGUUUCCAU